AUGAUGCGUUAUCAAUUGAUAGCACGCAUGUCUUUGCACACUUUUAUCACAAAUGUAUUUAAAACCUUUUAUCUACGCACUGUGAUGAAAGAAUUGGGUGCAAAAGUAAGGUCCUAUGGCGAAUGUCUAGUUUCAGCAGUGAUAUACAUCUUGUUCCUGGUGGUUGACUUCUAUGUGACUAUUUUGAUUUCUGAUGAUACGUGGAUGCGUGUACCUGCGGGUAAACACGAUUUUAGCAUUGCUGUACGUGGAGUAAGUGCCGGUAUGAUGGGAAUGCGAAUGCUGAGGGGCAAGCAUCGGAUUGUACCGCUACACGUAGAGCGUGAAUAUCGUGAUCGUGUACUACAAAUUUAUUUCCUCGGCGUGAUUACAUGGCGUGUUUUAGCGGUUUAUUCCAAUGGUUUGUGUCUCUUCGCAUGUACAAAAGUGUCAUAUGAUAGCAUCGCUGUGUUGUUGAUUUGUGUUCAUGAUCGUUGUUUGGCAUGGCCAUCGAUGCUCUGGGCGUUGAUUUUGGUCCAGAAUGGAUCUUUGGGCUGGUCGCGUUUUGCUCUGGCCUCUUUGCAAAUGAGGAGCUUAGACGGAUUGCCUUGUGACGAGUGUAUUAUUGGAAGCGAUUUGAUGUACCGAUAUUACUGCUUCGGGAGUAGGUGCACAACGAGAGUAGCUGAUUGGCACGUACGUAGUCAUCUGCCACGGAAUGUGCGGAUAGGCCAAAAAAUUGACGGAAGACAUCAUAUUUCAACACAUAGCGGCAUGACAAGCAAAACAAAACGUGCAAAAUUCCGCGUAAUCAUCGUAGCAAGAAACGUUGCCAAAUUUUAUUGUAAUUUGAAAACACGCAGUGCAAUUUUGGCUGAAUCAAUGACGAGUAAUAGGUACGGUGAUAAGUGCGUGUACACACGGAAACCACAAUUAAAACCGAAACGGGAUGAAUUUGAGGCAUGUGGCGGGCAUGGUACAAAGACGAGCGGUAAAGUGAGGCAUUACGUUAAUUUAUUCGAACAAUGGUGCAAAAGUAAAGCAAAAUUUGGAUAUCCAAGUGGUAACAGCAAAAGAAUUGUGGCUAUGGGAAGAUCAAAAUUCAGAGCACUUCUUAGGUACUGGCAGAAGCGCUGCCUUCUCGUUAAUUAA